UCAUUCGUACGCUUAAUGCAAACAUGCCGCUAGCAGAUGCGUCGCAGCAGCGUUUAAUCACAUCCGGAGAAUUAUCUGCUUAUAAUAUUCGGAUCUGCAGAAUAUGGCGUCCAGUGCUUAUAAAAAUAAGACUGGGCUGCCAUUUUUGUUUUCCUUUUGUCUGAAAUUUUUUAAUAAACUGUCUGAGAAUGUGGGAGAGGCGGCGGACAGGCCGGGGAGAGCGGAGGAUCGUGUCUCUCCGGAGGGAACGGCUCGUGUUUAAAGCUGCUCGGGUUAAGAUUUGCACAGCGGAUCCCUUUUUUGUUUUUAACGGAGAGUUAAAAAAGCAGAGCGGGUACAGAAAUGGGGAAAGUUAACGCCAACUUUUGUUUCAGGGAAAGUUGGAUUUCAAUUUUUAGAGGCAAUCUCGAAAUCUGAUCUAUUUCUAAAGCUGAAAUAUUGAGGUUUAAAGAGGAUGUUCUGGAUUUAAAAUGUGCUGCCAGCAGACCGAGACUGACUAACCAACUGUGUGAUCGUUAGACUCUAAAAAUGUGCAGAUAUAUUAGUCUACUUAUUCAAUAACAGUUCGUGCAAAAUUAACAGCAUGAAGCAUGUUUACCGUGAUUGUUUUUGAAGCCUUAUUAAAGCUUUAAAAGUCGAAGGAAAAUGUUAUUUAACCCAAUUAUUUAAGCUACAAAAGACCGCUUCAUGAUUUCUAUUUUCUGGGUGUAUAUUCACACCCCUUUCUCUUAUUAAUAUUGCUAAUCUAUUAAUAAAUAGUCAUAAUAACCACAAAGUAUCACGGUAUAAAUAUUAACGAACACAAAAUAGGGAACUUUAAUCUGCCAUGUCUGCAGCUGUAAACAUGAACAUGUUUAAAACCUACAUUUCAGAAGGUGACAGGUCAAACCUUGUCACGGUAAAAGCCUAAAGCUGCCACAUUAGCCUAGAAGGGUGAUGUGUCCAAGUGCAUCAUAUGAUUUAAUUAAUUCAUCACUUGCAGGAGUUUAUUUCUUCUGAAUAAAACCAGUAACAUUUUAAAAGUGUCACAGUAACCUCAGAGUUUUAAACAGCAUUAUUAAGUGACAUUUCAUGCUGUUGCAUCGUGUGAUUUUUUUAUUUUAAACUUGAACACCUGGAUUAACUUUUCUUUUGUAGCAAGAGUAACCAUAGACUGGAAAUAAUUACACCUUUAACUUGCCAUACUCAAGGUCAGAUGCAGUACUACAAAAAAUGAAACUAAUCUGGCCAAAAUUGGCACAAUCAGUCCUUAAAUGAGCAAAGCAAUGCAGUCCUGACUGUAUAGGACGUAAAAAUUAACCUGCGGAUUGACUGCUGACGACUUGAGCAUUUCGCUGCUGUUGCAUGCGUUUUCAGUGUGUCAGGAUGUCGCGUCUGAAAGUGACACAAAGCUGUCCGCUGCCAGACGGACUGCUAAACUGUGCCUGCUGCCUUAAGACAGAAAUGGUCCGGGAACUGAAACGUAUCCCCGCUGGCAUCAUUAGAGAAAUAUUUUGUGGGGUGCACUGUACGCUCGUACCCCUGAACAUAUCAGUUUUGUUUCUCUUGGCUCACUCAUGUGGACUCUGUUCUGCCUCUGCUAAGCCAAACAGACUUAGGAAUGGGGAUGUGUGCCAAAGCAUGCAAUGCGAAAUGUUUUAAAAAGAACUUCAUACAGGGUUGAAAAGAGAAGUUAUGGAAAGAAAGGCCUUCGGGUCAGGACUUGAGCAGUUAGUAACGUUCUCUGCCUGAAAAAUAGGAGCGUUUCUGCCCACCUGGUCAAACCAGCUUCUCGAUAAAGCACUGUUAGGUUUGUGCUCGCAUUGUGCCAUCGUAGUCAACCAGGGAAGAAAACAAUUAAGGUUAACAGCUGUGUCAUUUACAAAUGAGUGUAGCAUGUUGUGUCUGUGAAGCAAUACUUGUAGUCUGUGUUUAUAAUUGGAUUACUGACCUUCUGGUUUAGGCACUGGCUGUCUUUUGGGUCUUGCUGUACUCUGUGCAAACUUUGCUCUGUUGCCCAUCAGACUCUUAACCAGUCGGGGCCCCAUGUGUCAAGGUGGAGACAGAAAAAGCGGGUGAUUACGAUCUGAGCCACUUUGCUUCUAACAUUUCUGUUUUCUCUGAUAACUGUUCCUCUAGCUGGCUGUCGUAAUCUUGCGUGAGCCUCUCUCUCGGGCAGCAUGCCCAUCAUGCUGACUUGUGGUUGGAGAUCUUAAGGAAAAGCCUGACAUCACUCCCCCCCCCCAAAAAAAAAAAAAGAAAAAACUCACCGAAUGCAACUUGGAAGCAUCCUCCCUGCUAUCAGUGAUGAAGAUGAAGUGUGAGAAAACAGCAUUUUCUCACACACUUUUCGGGAAGCAGGAGGACUCAUACAGGGUUUCUUUGAAAAUGCUGUCACAAGACUGGAAAAGAUUAUUUCAAAUUAUCACAUCUAACAGUCAGCUGCUGCACGGGUGGAGAGCUACUGGCACAUGUUUUAACCGCUGUGUGCUACAUGAACAACAGAUCCACACAUAAAUAUAUAUAGGACAUCGUUUUACCAGGAUUCUCACAACAGUGGGUUCAAACAAGAUCAAUCUGAGGAGCCGCAAACUGGUAAUCAGUGAAGGGUGCUCAAAAUAACUUCCUGCAUUGUUAUUUAAAACUUAAAAACAAUCACUCACCUGUGGAACCAGGGAUAAGGUAUCACACGUAAAUGUGGAUAUCCCUGUCUUGAUGGCUGAACCCCGCUUUAACAACCCUUAUUUUUGGCCUCCCCCUCCUGCCAUGCCUGGUCAGCUGGAUAACCUAGUAUUGAUCAAUAAAAUCAAGGAGCAGCUGAUGGCAGAGAAGAUCAGACCGCAUCAUCUGCCCCCUGCUUCAGCCCCUUCCCAGCAGCCUCUAUUGGCUACCUCCAGCCAGCCAGAAGGCGGCCAGCAUGGGAUAUCCAAAGCCCAGCAGAUGCCUGUUCUUCACAACCACAGCCCAUCUCAGCCUGAUAUCGCCCUGCACGCCCGCCCUGCCUCCAGCUCAGUCACAGGCCGUAUUCUUGGAGAUGUAAACUUGAAUCUAGAUGACAAGGCAGCUAUAAAAGCCAGAGGAUUAUGGGAAGACUGGCAUCUGCGUCAACUCAUAGAUCAUCCUUCCAGAACAAACCACGUCUCAGGUGUGGCGCUGGCAUCCAGAACAGGCAACCUAAACACCUCGGAGAUCAUCACCCCCACCACGCCCACCUCAAGCAGCCACAGCCGGCUGGGUGGAGCUCCCUCCCCUCACCUCAUCUCAGGGUUGGCCGGCCACGGCAUGGAGCCUGGGAAAAACAGCGGUGGACUCGUGGGACUCCUCGGUCCUCCUCCAAAGCAGGAACGAGGACGCAAGAAGAUAAAGGCAGAGAAUGGGUCAUCUCUUUUGGUGGUGCCCUACCCAUUUCUAGCCUCAGGCAACGACCAGUCGUGCAUCACCAUUGCUGCCAAAGAGGGAAAAACCUACAGGUGUAAAGUUUGUCCGCUGACCUUCUUCUCUAAGUCAGACAUGCAGAUUCACUCCAAAACACACACAGAGGCGAAGGCUCACAAGUGCCCUCACUGCACCAAGUCCUUUGCGAACGCGUCCUACCUAGCCCAGCACCUGCGCAUACACCUGGGCGUCAAACCUUAUCGCUGUACCUACUGUGAGAAAUGUUUUCGCCAGCUCUCCCACCUUCAGCAGCACACCAGAAUCCACACAGGGGAUCGGCCUUAUAAAUGUGCCCAUCCUGGAUGUGAAAAAGCUUUUACGCAGCUGUCUAAUCUGCAGUCUCACCAGAGGCAGCACAACAAAGACAAGCCCUUCAAAUGUUCCAACUGUUACCGUGCCUACUCAGACUCUGCCUCACUUCAAAUCCACUUGUCUGCACAUGCCAUAAAAAACGCCAAGGCCUACUGCUGCAGCAUGUGCGGCAGGUCGUACACCUCUGAGACCUACCUUAUGAAACACAUGUCUAAACACGCAGUGGUGGAACACGUGGUGUCUCAUCACUCCCCUCAUCACAGGACAGACUCUCCCGCCAUCCCUAUACGGAUCUCCCUCAUCUGAGCCCUUCACGCGUCUCCUGCCCUCCUGUUUUCUGUGACAUCGUCACUUUGGUCCUCUGAUGAACCACACAGCCCGCUACUGGGAUCCAAAAAAAUGUGCCAGAUUGCCAGUAUUUUGUGACGAGGUGCUCUUUUAUUGAGUAUAUCCUCCUGUCCUUCCUUGCUGACCAGACAGUAUUAUCGGGGGCAUCCAAAGAUGAUUUCUCAGCACUUUCCGGCCUGAAAAUCACAGGCCUAAAAUUUCAUUUUUCUAUGUGACUUCACAGGAAAAAAAAAUGCUCCAGGCAGCUACAUGGAAAACCUUUUUAACCUUUUUUUUGUGUGUUUCACAGAUUUAUUUGUCUUUUUUAUACAGUCCUUUACUUUCUUUACUCUUUGCAAAAUAAAUAUAUUUGCAUCAGAAAUAGUCUUCCAUUAGCUGAGUGGCCAAGUUAACAUAAAAGUGAAUGCUUAUAUACUGUGUAGCUAUUCAUGUAUAUCGUGCCACUUCUCAUGUCAGCUUCGUCAGCAACGUUCCAUCAACCACAUGACCGUAAUACACACAUCUUAUUAUUUUCAGCCUGCUGCCAAGUUCAAUCUGAGCCGCUGUGACUCAUUAUCAAAUUUAGUUUUUAAUUCUUUUCUUCUUCUUUUUUUUAAUUUUAGUUUUUGUAUUGUUAAACAAAUAUGCUCAAAGCAAUCCUGGAGAACUCAGUUUAAUCUGGUCAAGGUUUAAAAGUUCUGAAUGAUGAGCACUGUUAUAAACUGUCUCAUAAAAAUAUACUAAAUAAACCUCCAAGCCACUGAAAAAUGAAAUAGAAGCUGUCAUACAACGAAUGCAAGAGUUUCUGCAUUCAGUAGUGUUACAAAUGCAAGGAACAAUGUUUCAUUACUCCACCCAUAAAAGGCAAAAUACCAAAAACAGCCCUCACGUGAUAACCUUUAAUCACUCUAGCUUUCAAGGUUAUCUUCUAUUUCACCUCUGAGUCACUUUCUGUGCUUCUGUUAACUUUAGAUUGCUCCCAGGACCUGGGAGUAAACGGUGGACUGAAUUUCACUCAUUUACUCACAAGUUAAAUGUUUUGGGAAACAAGUGCACAUGCAGGGGGUGGAGGGCAAACACUGGUGGGAAACUGCUGUGUCUGCAAUGCCCCAUGGGCUAACGUCACAGUUCAGGUUGUUUACGCUGAAGAUUCUAGAUGUCUCUCAGAAAGUGACUGUAAAGCUCUGUGUUAUGAAUUGAAGGCUUAUGGUUAAAAAUAAAUGAGUAUGCUCCUGGUCAUGCUCUCAACCUGAUGCGCCACCUUGGGGCAUGAAUACCGUGGACUGUUCUGCUGAACACCGAGAUGAUGCUCAACAUAGAAGUCCAUUUGACACAGAACCUGCACAUGUAUGUGUGACUCUGAUGGGCAGUGCAAAUGGAAAAUGCAAGAUGGAAGCAGUACAGUGCUUCACAGGGGCCAAAUUUACAAUCAGAGGUUUUUGCUUCUUAUGGGUGGAGUUAAAAAAUGUUAUAUGUUGUAACCCAAACAUGUGUUACUCUCAGUUUAAGUUAAAACUGAAAAAAUGGCAAUGUAUAAUCACUUAUCUUGCCAAAUUUAUAUUUGUGUGUGUGUGUGUGUGUGUGUGUGUGUGUGUGUGUGUGU